AUGAUUAUCAAUGGAAAAACAAUGCCAGAAGAGAUAAAAUUGACCGAUGAUGAGUACAAAAGUGUCGCCGAGCUUCAACACCAAUUGGACGAUUAUCUCAAAGCUGAUGAUAAAGAAAGUAUCGUCGAGGAGAUGCGCACAUAUGUUACGAUGGGUUUUAUGGCGCCUAUUCUUGAUCAUAUGACAAAGCUCUUAUUGCCUUAUGUGCCAAAAAUUGGAGCACUCAUGACAAAAUUGGAAAGCUCUCUUCAUGAUAAAGAACCCGUUUCAAAAGUCAUGGCGUUGAUGCAAGAAACGAAUGAUGUUAUAAAAAAAGAAUCACUGCAAAUGGGACCAGAUCGAAUCCAGCAUAUUCUGUGCCUCCCAGGACCUGAGAAAAUCGAAGAAGAUCUGCCCGAAUCUCGAUCAGAGCUUCAGAAUUUACCCAUUCUCAAUAGAAUCACUGCAAUGGGAUUAGAUCGAAUCCAGCAUAUUCGGUGCCUCCCAGGACCUGAAAAAAUCGAAGAAGAUCUGCCCGAAUCUCAGUCAGAGCUUCAGGAUUCAUCCAUUCUCAAUAGCUACCAACUGGUUGUUUUC